AUGUCUACACUCGUGCAGGCUGGGAGCGUGCCCGUCACCCAUUUCAAGGAAGGCGCCGUCCUCGACGUCCGUGAGAUACCCAGUGGCGAAAGGCCGUCGCUCUUCAUCCUGCACGAUGGUGGGGAAGAGGACAUGGUCAGCAUCUUCGCCGACGUGCUGGGACAGGAGUGGGCGUCGACGGCGUCCGUCCAGGAAGCACAGGCAGGGCCGUCGUCGACCAUCUAUGGCAUGAGCAGCGCGGCGGUAGGCUCGCAGCUGGACGGCUGGGACCGCUCGAGGCUGCUGAUCAACACGCACCGCGUCGACGGCGGGCACGAGUGGAACGAGGCCCUCACCGACCGCUGCGACUACGAGUACCUCUACACGCGCGCGCCCUUCUACCGCCGCGACGUGGCGCGCUUCCUCUCCAUCGUCUUGGGCCAGAUCAGCCCUCACCGCGACCUCACCAAGAAGGCGCGCACGACGCUGAUUUCGACGACUUUCCCCGACGUGCACGCCGCACUCCCCAACUUGGACAUUCUGUCCGUGGGCGCAGACGCGAUAGAGAUACGAGUGGAUCUGCUCGAGGAGCCUAUGCCAAACGGAAGCGUCAGCCAGGUCCCGAGUUUGAAGUAUGUUGGGGAGCAGGUCAUGACCCUGCGCCAGCGCACGGAGCUGCCCAUCAUAUACACGACAAGAUGCACGAGGGAGAACGGCCGCUUCCCCAUGGACGAUCCAGGCCUCUUCUACAAAUACCUUGCGCGCGCAAUUCAAUGGGGCUGCGAGUACAUUGAUGUGGAACUGUGGCUGCCCGAGGAAAUUAGGAGGAAACUUGCCGAGAACAAGGGCUGUAGCAAAAUCAUCUCUGCGUUCCACGACUUCUCGGGCUCGUUCAAAUGGACCGCGCCUGAAACGCAAACGCUCUUCCAACGCGGAGCGGCGUACGGGGACAUUGUCAAGAUGUACGCCCUCGUCACGUCGAUGCAGGAGAACUACGAGCUUGAAUACUUCCGUUCCACUAUCCAAACCAAGUACCCCCACCCGCCCUUUUCGGGGCUCAACAUGGGUCCCAUGGGCCAGCUAUCAAGGACGAUGAACAAGAUCUUCACUCCGAUAACCCACCCACUCCUUCCUCUCAUCGCAGCCCCUGGCCAGUUAAGCGCUGCCGAGAUCAAUGCGGCACUCCAUAGCAUGGGGCAGAUGGCCAGACAGGAUAUAUACGGUAUUGGUAGCUUCCGAUCCACAUCUCAGGCCAUGUUCUUCGAAAAAUGCUUCAACGAGCUUAGCCUGCCGCACUCGUUCAUGUUUGCGGUGCGUGCGCCAAAAGCUUCUAUCGAGCACAUCCUACGACGUCCUAAUUUUGGAGGAGCGUACAUCAACCCCCCGCUAGCGGUAUCGGCAUCAGCGGCGUAUCUUCCUUCUCUGUCCAACGCUGCGCAAGCCAUCGGACAGAUCGACACUGUGUUGGUGCGCUCGGGAGGUAGCAGUUCGUCAUUGUUUGGUGAUAACACUAGAUGGAAGGGUAUCCGUGCUACGUUGACGCGCGACUUCGUGCCGUCAGCGUACAGCGGCCGAGCAGCAUUGCUGCUGGCCAACAGUGAAGCUGACGCAUCAGCCUCCAUCUUUGCGCUGAAGAACCUGGGCAUUGGACCCAUAUACACAAUUGGGUUCAAGUCACACGGGCCACUAUCCACAGAUGUGGAGCCGGUCCGGUCUGUUGAAGAUGUCAAGCGCCUAGAACAGCCGUUUGUUAUCAUCUCUGCCCUGCCUGCGGAAAAGUCGCUCCUGGUGGUGCCCUUGCUGAAGCACUAUAGAGUUGAUAAGGCCAGUGGGCAUGGAAUUGUCGGCAAGAGGUCUGCAGGCAAAGUGUUUGUUGACUUGGCCAGUGGAACCCGCAAGGUCGACCCACUGGCAAUGGCUACCGCGGCAGGUUGGACUGCAUACGGUAUCGCGGACGUGUCGGCCUGGACUACUGUGGAAACCAUCAGGCUUCUUGUCGGUCAGAACGUGUGUUAUGAUUUUGUGCGUCUGGCCUCUGGGAGGGGUCUUUUCUAG